UUUUUUAAGCUUUUAUCUGAGGUAUGUCCGGCCGCGGGAAGCAGGGCGGGAAGGCGCGGGCCAAGGCCAAGUCGCGCUCGUCGCGGGCCGGGCUGCAGUUCCCCGUGGGCCGCGUGCACCGGCUGCUGCGCAAGGGCAACUACGCGGAGCGGGUGGGCGCCGGCGCCCCGGUGUACCUGGCGGCCGUGCUGGAGUACCUGACGGCCGAGAUCCUGGAGCUGGCGGGCAACGCGGCCCGCGACAACAAGAAGACGCGCAUCAUCCCCCGCCACCUGCAGCUGGCCAUCCGCAACGACGAGGAGCUCAACAAGCUGCUGGGCAAGGUGACCAUCGCGCAGGGCGGGGUACUGCCCAACAUCCAGGCCGUGCUGCUGCCCAAGAAGACCGACAGCCACAAGGCUAAAACCAAAUAAAACUUUUCAACAAACGACCCAAAGGCUCUUUUCAGAGCCACCCACAUCUUCCCAGAAAGAGCAGGAACGCCUGAGUCUCCAAGUAGUCCAUUCUCCCGAAGCUGUAUUUUGAUAUAUCUGGAAACUUCAGAUGUAGAAGGAAUGUUUCUGAAGCAUAAAUUCUUUUUGUACAUAGCUUAAAUUUUGUUUUCCUGAUCGGUGUAGGUCUUUGCAUUUUUUUUUCUCCAAGAAGUCAAUGUACUUAUGUAAAUGUCUCUCACCUCUACUUUUGUGAAAAAUCAAUAAAAGACAGUGUUUAAGAUUGAGAUCGUUCA